AUGGGCCUUGCUGGAGCUAAAGUCAAACAACGAUUGAGCGAUGAUCCAAACAAUCUUGCUUGGAGCAAUGAUCAAAGCAAGUUUGGAUUCAAAAUGCUCAUGAAGAUGGGCUGGGCUCCCGGCAAAGGCUUGGGUGUAAACGAAGACGGUAACAAAGAACAUGUCAAAAUUCGACUUAAAGAAAAUACCCUCGGUCUUGGUGCAGACAAGCGAACAACCGACAACUGGCUCGGCAACACCGAUGCGUUUUCACAGUUACUGGCCGAUUUGAACAGUCGGACAGCCGAAGCUGCCAGCACUGAACCCGAAAAGGCCGUCGAUGACAAGAACGACGAAGAGACGACGUCCAAAAAAGACAAAAAGAAGAAGAGAAAACGGUCCAAGGAGGGCGAUGAUACCAUAGAGGGCGAAAAGGAAAAGAAGAAAAAGAAAAAAGAGAAGAAGGAUAAGAAGGAGAAGAAGGAAAAGAAAAAGAGUAGUAAAAAGGAUAAAAAGGACUCAAGCAGCGGCGGUAGCAGCGAUGAAGUAGAAAAGAAAGCACCAGUCGUAUUACGGAAUGCUGCACGAGCCAAGUUUUUGCGGGCCAAGCGCAUGGCCACCCAACAUGAUAAGGAACGACUUAACGAAAUUCUGGGUAUCAAGCCUACUACCAGCAUUGCAUAA